ACCUUUAACAGUUUCACCAGCUAUUAAGUCACAGAGACAGUCAGCGCCAUGCUUAACUGUUUUUGGGAACUUCACAAUGGGUCUUAGGAUACCCCCUAGAAUAUACUUCAAAAAGAACUGCUGGCCUCUACUGGUAUUCCGAUUGAGACCUGUUGCUGGAAUGAAACCUGAAAUCAAGCAUAUAAACCAUUCACUCAGAUACUUAAAAUCUGAAAUCAAGCAUAUAAACCAUUCAGUCAGAUACUUAAAAUCUGAAAUCAAGCAUAUAAACCAUUCAGUCAGAUACUUAAAACCUGAAAUCAAGCAUAUAAACCAUUCAGUCAGAUACUUAAAAUCUGAAACCAAGCAUAUAAACCAUUCAGUCAGAUACUUAAAAUCUGAAAUCAAGCAUAUAAACCAUUCAGUCAGAUACUUAAAACCUGAAAUCAAGCAUAUAAACCAUUCAUUCAGAUACUUAAAACCUGAAAUCAAGCAUAUAAACCAUUCAGUCAGAUACUUAAAACCUGAAAUCAAGCAUAUAAACCAUUCAGCCAGAUACUUUAAACCUGAAAUCAAGCAUAUAAACCAUUCAGUCAGAUACUUAAAACCUGAAAUCAAGUAUAUAAACCAUUCAGUCAGAUACUUAAAACCUGAAAUCAAGCAUAUAAACCAUUCAUUCAGAUACUUAAAACCUGAAAUCAAGCAUAAAAACCAUUCAGUCAGAUACUUAAAACCUGAAAUCAAGCAUAUAAACUAUUCAGUCAGAUACUUAAAAUCUGAAAUCAAGCACUUAAACCUUUCAGCCAGAUACUUAAAACCUGAAAUCAAGCAUAAACUAAUCUUUCAGUCAGAUACUUAACACUAUUACAACUAUGUUUUUGAUUAUUUUAGAAGUUGGAAGUGGUUAAAUGUAAGUUUCACAUUUUAUGAAUCUGUGAUAAUAACAUUUUUGUGAUCUAGUCUGAAAUACUUUCUGUCAAUUUUCCACCUUGGUUCAUUUAAUAACGCAGAUGCGAGUAGGUAGUUACCAGAUUCACCACCAGGUGGCUCGUUCGGGUCAGAUAGCAUGGUGGGUAUAGUAGAAAGUUCCCUUUAACUUAAAU